GAUCUUUUUGACUUGGAGCCAAAUUCUUUUCUUUCCUCCCUCCCUUCCUCCCUCCCCAAAAAGAGAAAAAAAAAACCCAUCCAAUUCUCCAUAAUCGUCGUCGCACGCAAAAAUAAGAAUCCCAUCCAAACCAGAAUAAAUCAUGGGUCAGUCAUCAAGCAGCGGGAGAAGGAGAGACGAUUAUUACCACUAUUCACCCUCCUCUUCCUCCCAAAUCCCUCCUCCGAUCUCUUCCGGCUCCUCUCACCCUCCCCCACCGCCCAAUUAUGCCUAUUCCGCGCCUUCUCGCCCCAGUUAUUCCAACCCUUAUCCCAUGCCCGCUCCUCCUCCUCCUCCUCCUAAUACCAAUUCCUCCUCCUACUACCAGACGCCCAGCGCUUGGUUGAGGAAUUCAGUGCCCUGGGCGAGUCGAACCCCGUACCACCCCACGUAUUACGGCCCCAAUCCGGGCGCCGGGUGGCGAUUCCCUCCUCCCCAAUCUUCCGCGGCAGCGAUUACUCAUCCGCAGCCGCCGCCGCCGCCGCCGCCGCCGCCGCCUCCUCCAAUAGAGCAUCAGAAGGCGAAAACCGUGAAGAAUGAUAUUAAUCUGCAUAAGGAUUCGAUCAGGCUGGUGGUUGAUGAGCUAAACCCAGAUCAGCAGCUCGUCUCCUUCACCUUCGAUGCCGUGGUUGAUGGGAGUGUCACUAUAUAUUACUUUGCAAAGGAAGGAGCCAAUUGUCGUUUCUCUCCAAUAUAUCCAGAUAUUUACACACCCAGGAAGGUAGCUUUUCAAAAAGGGUUAGGCCAGAAAUUCAUCCAGCCUUCAGGAUUUGGUAUUGAUUUGGGAUUUUUCGAUUUAGAUGAUCUUGCAAGACCAGUAGGUGGGGAUGUCUUCCCACUUGUUGUUUGUGCCGAAGCUUGCCCACCACUUCCAUCCACAGAUGAACAGGUUGGCCCAUCAACUGCUGCUGCUAAUGCACAGAUUACUCAAGCUGUCAUAGAGAAGACUAACAGUGGAGCCUUUCAAGUCAGGGUAAUUAAGCAGAUCUUGUGGGCUGAUAAUGAACGGUAUGAGUUGCAAGAAAUAUAUGGUAUUGCAAGCUCAGUUAAAACAGAAAUUGGUGGUGAUAAUGCUGAGGAUAUUGGGAAAGAAUGCGUAAUUUGCAUGUCUGAGCCAAGAGAUACUACUGUGUUGCCCUGUAGGCAUAUGUGUAUGUGCAGUGACUGUGCGAAAGCAUUGACACGUCAAUCAAAUAAAUGUCCAAUAUGUCGUCAGCCCGUUGAAAAACUAAUGGAGAUUAAGGUGAACAGUGCUAACCGGUGAAUCAUUAUAACAUCAUAUGAGGCGCGCUGGUAUGCUGGAUUCUACAGUUUUUCUUUUAAUUUGUUCCAUAUUUAUGUUAAAUAACGUUGUCCUUACUCUUGUAUAAUAAUGUACAGUUAAAGUUUCAAAGUACAUUAUGGAGUUGGCAUUUUAGUUAAUUGAAUGGGUAUACAAGAAUGAAUGUUUGAAUGAUGACUGCAAUCGUUCAUUUUUUUAAUAUCAUCAUUGUUCAUUUAU